UCAAUAUUUUAUUUGAAAAAUAGGGUUAAAAAGCCUCAAAAGAAGAUACUUAUCAUUUGCUGAGAUAAACUAAAUUUAUGGAUGGCAAAAAGGAGAAGGGGUGGUAUUGGGACAAGAUACAAGAGACCUUAAACAAAAUUGGCAAAAGGACUAUUAUACAAUGGGAAAAGGUAGGUAAGUUGUUGUUUUAUAUGCCUUAAGUUCUUAUGACCAAAGUGACCAAAAAAUUAGUGGUAAGCAAGCGAAAUACAAAAAAUUUCUAUAGUUUUUGUAAAUGUGUUGACUUUCUUAGCAUACUUUUCGUAUCAUUAAAAAGAUUACUCAUAUGACCAAAGCUGAAAUGAUUUAUUGGUAACAAAAUUGCAUAGGUAGAAUGGUUUUUAUGUUGUCAAAAAUAGAAGUUUUGAUAACAAAAUGCGUAACUGCAAGAAACAGUAUCACUGAGAGUUCUAACUCUCUGGAAGGAAGAAGGGCUUAUUAUUUUAAUUAUCUCCGUAGCAGUACAAGAGCACCUCUUUUGCACUAUAUAGAACGAGGAUUGCGUAAAAUUGACGGAAUCUUUGUGUUUGGUCAACCGACUACCUCAGUGAUCGCAAUUGGAUCUCAUUUAUUUGACGUGUUUCGUUUGUCAGAUGCCUUAUGUAAAGUAGGUUGAAGUUUAAAUGCUUUACAAUUUCCAAAUUUUUGGUCGUACAAUAUACUUUUCUGGUCGUACAAAAUACUUUUCUGGUCGUACAAUAUACUUUUUUGGUCGUACAAUAUACUUUUUUGGAGACGGGCCGUUUACCAAAAAUGACAAUGAGUACACGUUGAAGAGUUGAUGUCGAUCUUAAGGAUUAAUAAUAACAAUAAUAAUAAUACCAACAGCUAUAUAUAUAGAAAUUAUGAUAAGGAAACGAAUCAGUAAAAACUCUAAUGAAUGUAGGCAAAUUUGUACGCAAAAUCCAACAGUAAAGUUUACCCGAUACCACUUUGAUAUCAACAAAACACAUACAAACACACAUAAAACAGACGUUCAAUACACGGAGAGAGAUGGCAGCACUAUCACUUUACAAGUUUUAUUAAAACAAAAACGUAUACAAUUUACCAGAUUUUUAUAACUUCGAAAACAUGCUGCCAGGUUUAAUUUAUAUUAAUGUUUCAAAUCAUAGUUAUGUUUCGUAACUUAAAAAAAAUGUUAUUAAUUUUAACUGCUCGGAAAAGAGGCCGGUUUUUAAUGGUGUUACUUUCUACGUGCAUAUAAGUUUUCGUAAGAGCUUUGUACGUAAUGCAAACUUCAGGGAAAAGAGAUCAUUACAUUAUCAUCAAUAAAACUGGAAAUUAUAAAACUUGUGUAGAUGGAUACAUAGCGUUACAAUAAAAUAGCUGCCAUUCUGUUAAAUCGA